AAGCAACCUCACUAAGGAGAAGCUGUCCCGUAUGGAGAGGGUGCUAGGCGAGCACCAGCUGUUCUCUGAGGGUCUGGGGCGGCUGCAGCUCUGGGUGAUGGAGGCCCACAGGACCCUAACCCACACACACACACACACACACCUAACCCACACACACACACACACACACCUAACCCACAGGACCCUUCAGCACGGCUCCACUCCGCCUGCAGACAAGAACCUGCUGCUGCACUGGAUGAGCCAGCUGGAGGAGCUGGUGGCGGCGCGUGCAGGGAAGGAGAUUGAGCUGAAGAUGCUGAUCACCAGGGGGGAGUGUGUGCAGAGGAACACGUCGGCUGAGGGCGUCCCCGUGCUCCGCAAGCAGAUGCAGGACCUCAAGGACGCCUGGGACUCACUGCUGGCCACCUGCAUCAGCUGCAAGAGUGGCCUGGAGGGGGCGCUGGUCCAGUGGACGAGCUGCCAGGAGGACGAGGGGAUGUUCAGCAGCUGGCUGGACGGCGUGGAGACGAGGGUGGCCCAGUCUGGCCGGCAGCAUCCCGAGAUGAGAGACAAGACCGGGAACCUGGGCAGAGCCAAGAUCCUGUAUGAAGAGGUGCUAAGCCACUGUGGCCCUCUGGACGCCAUCGCCUCUAAAGCCUCCAGACUCUCAGAGUCCAGCAGCUCCCAGCCAGAGGUGCAGAGACUGAUGGAGCGAUACACCACCGCCAAACACAGAGCCAAGUGUGCAGUGGAGCGGGCGGAGGAGGAGGUGUUGGCCCAUCAGGAGUACCAGCGCGGGCUGCACCUGUUUGAGGAUUGGCUGGAGCAGCAGCAGGAGCGUCUGGGGCUCCUCCUCCUCAACACACCUGCAGGGGAACUAGCCGUCCUGGAGAACACACUCAAGAGCCUACAGGAGUUGCGCUGUCUCUGUUCUGAGGGCCCUGUCCUGCUGCGUGCGGUUCUGUCCAGUCGUGAGCGGGUCGUGGUGUCGUGGGGGGGGGUGCCCCAGAUCGAGGACCGGGCGCUGGAGGCGACCCAGAGGGAGUGGGAGGGGUACCAGGCCCGGCUGGGCGAGGCGAGGGUCCGUGUGGACGGCGCCGCGACCCGCCUGCGUCAGAUGGACCUGCGCUUCCGGAGCCUGGAGGAGUGGCUGGAGGAGAUGGACGCCACGGCAACCGUGCGCCACCACCGACGCUCCGACCGCCACACCAAAGAACGACAGCUGCAGCAGCUUCAGCGCUGCCAGGCGGAGGCCCUGCGGUACCAGAGUGAGGUGGACGGGCUCAGUGUUCUGGUCCAGGAGGUUCUGGAGGACACACACACACACGCCAGCAGCCAGCUGAGCAACAGAAUCACUCAGCUCUGUGGACGCUAUCACACACUACUGCUGAAACUCAUGGAGACGAUCACACAGAUUCAGGAGGAGAUAUGCAGCAUAGACGACGCCCACUCCACCUCAGGAACCUUCUCUGAUUGGCUGACCACUGCCCAGAGGGAAUUUGUUGCAAUUACGUCAGCCAAUGAGGAUCUUGAUAUUGUUGCCAUGGAAAAGAGGCUGAAAAGCCUGGAGGCCCUGCAGAACGAGGCGCAGCGGGGUCACGGCCUCAUGAAGAGCCUCCGAGAGCAGGCCGAGGGAGCGGCCGCCUUCCUGGACGCCUGCGGAGCGGAGCGGCUGGAGGUGGAGGUGGAGGGCCGGCUGGCCCAGCUGGAGGAGCUGGCGGUGGGGCUGCGGGCCGAGCGCGGCACCCUGGACCGGAACCUCAAGCUCCACAGGGAGUUCCAGGGGAGGCGGAGAGCCCUGGCGCAGUGGCUGCAGGAGACCAGGCUGCUCCUAGGGGGCGCCGUGGAGCCUAAAGCUGAACUAUACCAGCGCCAAGCCCAGCUAGCCAAAUACCAGGCGGUCCAGCAGGAGCUGCAGUGUCGGGGGAGGGGCCUGCAGGCGGUGGUGGAGAGGGGGAGGAGCCUGCAGAGCUCCGCCAUCACAGAGAGCCUGGAGACGCUGCAGGAUGACUACACUGACCUGUGCACUACUGCCACACUCCACACUCAGAGGGCGGAGGCUCAGGUGCGGGAGCAAGAAGACUACCUGAGGGAACUCCAGGAAGUGGAACUCUGGCUCCUGCAGACCUGCAGCAGCAUGGUGACCCCUGACCCCUCCGAGGGGCGGAGUCUUGAAGCGGCCACCCAGCAGCUGGCUGGACACAAGGCCAUCAUGGAGGAGAUAGCAGGCUUUGAGGAGCGCCUGGAGGGACUGAAGCAGCGUGGCGAGUCCCUCGUGAGCGCGUGCGUGGGCAGCGGGGAGCGGCAGCGUGGCGAGUCCCUUGUGGGCGGGUGCGUGGGCAGUGCGGAGCGGCAGCAGACUCGGCUGCGUGGGCAGGUCCAGAGCCACCUGCAGGGGGCCAGAGACAGCUACUCUGCCAUCUGCAGCACCGCCCAGAGAGUGUACCAGUGUCUGGACUGUGAGCUGCAGAGGCAUGCGAGUGUUGAGGAUGCGCUGCCCCAGUGCCACUCGUGGCUCAGUGCUGUUCAAGCUGAGCUGCAGUCGGCUGUGCCGACGCCUCUCAGCCUGCAGGAGGCGCUCUCUCAGGUGAAGCAGGAUAAGGCGCUUCAGGAGCAGGUGGGCACCUACCUGCAGUUGCUGUGCUCCAGCUGUGACCUGUCUGAUGAGGCCGUGAGGGAGACCGCCACUGAGAUCCAACAUGUGAGAGUGCAGGUGGAGGCGAGGCUGAGGGGCGCCACGCGGGCAGCAGACCAGUGGAGGGAGCUGGGGGAGCAGCAGGACCGGCUGAACUCUCGUCUGUCGGAGACGGAGCGCCGCCUUCACAGCCUCUCCCGCAGGCCGGCCCAACUGGAGCCCAGAGGAGCCCAGGACCUGCUGGACCAGAACCAGGCCUUCAUCCAGGACCUGGAGCAGCAGCAGGCGGAGCUAAGUCGGCUGGGGGAGGCCCUGGCCAGCAUGGCGGGGAUCCGGGAGGCCCCCCCGGGGUUGGAGCGGGGGGAGGUGGUGGUGAGGCACCUGCGGCAGGUGGUGCUGGAUCUGGGGCAGCUGGCCAGGGAUCUCAUCAGGCAGAGGCAGGAGGACCUCGAGAGGGGGGCGGAGUACCACCACUGCGGGGACGCACUGGACCGGCUCUUCCAGCAGGUGUCCAGAGAGUGGGACUACCUGGCCAGGGCGGACACUGAGAGCACCUCGGAGCACCUGGGCGCCCUGAAGAAGCUGUUCGCUGACCUGCAGGACCAGGAAGGCCUGUUGGAGGACCUGAGAGAGAGCAGGCUCGCCAUCCUGCCCCGCCUCAGCCCUGAGGACCGGGACCUGGUCAAGGAGCACGUGGCGCAUCUGGAGCACCGCUGGGUCCGGCUGGAGAACCUCAUCCGGCAGAAGAUCCGUGACUCCGCUUCGGUCCUGAAGGACCUGGAGCUCGUGGAGGCCCGCCUGCGAGAGGCUCGGGAGUGGGCCCAGGAGGAGAAGCAGCCGUCAUUGGCCGAUGAUGCCCUCAGGACCAGCCCCCCCCCGCCCCCGCCGUCUGACAUCAUCGGCCAGAGCUUCCUGUUCGACCACCUGAGCGCGUGCGCAGAGAUGGAGGCCAAGCAGCUGCUGCUGACGCAGGCGGUGGGCGAUGCCGACGAGCUGUGCCCGCGCCUGGGCCUGAGCGAGAGGAGGAGGCUGCGGGCGCUCACGCAGCAGGCCCAGGCUGAGGUUGAGGCGCUGGGGGUCACGGUGACUCAGCGCCGGAGGAAGCACCUGACCGAGGCCCUCGCGGAGCGGACGCAGUUCCGUCAGGCACUGGGCAGGGCGGCGGCAUGGGUGCGCCAGCGGGAGGGCAAGGCUUUGGCGGAGGCGGAGGCGGAGCACGUCGCUCUGCUGCCGGACGACGUCUCCAGGCAGGUGGACGGCUGCAGGGGCGCUCUCAGCAGCCUGAAGGCCUACCAGGAGGAGCUGACCUCCCUCUGGACUCAGGCACGAGACCUGGUGAAGGACAGCACAGACCAGGAGAAAGACGAGACUCUGGGCGCGAUGCAGGAGGUGCAGGGCACGUUCGACAGCGCCCUCCGCAGGGGCACGCGGAAGCUGCUCGACCUCGAGAAAGCGCUGGCAACCAGGAAGUACUUCAAGGUGGACCUAGACAAGAUGUGCGAUUGGCUGAAGCGGAAAGAGGCCCUGAUGUUCGGUCAAAUCGACUGGAGCGUGAGUGACUCAGAGCUACAGCUAAUCGCAGCGCAGUACCAGGACAUCCUGGAGCAGGCCUCCGAGUACGAGAACCUUUUGCUCAUCGUCCAGAGGGCCGGGCAGGAGAUCCUCCCCACACUGAAUGAAGUGGAUCACUGCUACCUCGACGAGAAGCUCAACGCCCUACCUCAACAGUACAACAGCAUCCUGGUGUCUGCCACACAGAGGCACGAGAGCGUCCAGCAGGCGGUGUCUGAUCGGAGAACCUUUGGUUCCUUGAUGGAGGCGGCGCACGAGACGACGAGGGAACUACAAGAACAGUUUGAAGCCUUGGAGAAGCAGAGUCCCAGCUGUUCUAUGGAUGAUAGCAUUCCAAGACUACAUAGUCACCUCACAGACCUCCAGAGGAGCCUCGGAACUCAGGACGCUUCUCUGAAGGACCUGCGGAGGAGGAACGAGGCCCUUCUCUGUGCCGGCGGCGGCCAGCCCUGCAAGACUGAGGCCCUGCAUCGCCUGCUGAGACUCCACUCAGGGCUGAAGCACAAAGUGAAAGUGAAACUGAAAGACCUUGACCGAGUGCUGACAUCUGCGGAACAGCACAACAUGUUGGCCGCAGGUCUGGAAUCUGAGCUGAAGGCUCCUCGGUCCGUCUCUGGCGGCCGCCGAGUGUCAUCUGCAGAGACUGCAGAGUGGCCCAGACUUCUUCGCCCGCCAGGAUGA